AUGGCCGACCCCCGCGUUGAAGAGCUUCCCGAUGAGGAGGUCCCCAACACCGUUGAGAGCGACUCCGAGUCUGACGGUGAGGCCGAGCCCUCCAUCCCCGGUGGUGCCUCCGUCACCAUCCACUCUCGCAACGAGAAGAAGGCUCGCAAGGCCAUUGCCAAGCUUGGUCUGAAGCAGGUCCCCGGCAUCACCCGUGUUACCCUCCGCCGCCCCAAGAACAUCCUCUUCGUCGUUAACCAGCCCGAUGUCUACCGUUCCCCCAACAGCAACACCUGGAUCAUCUUCGGUGAGGCCAAGAUUGAGGACUUGAACGCCCAGGCUCAGGCUUCCGCUGCCCAGCAGCUCGCUGCCGCUGAGGCUGCCGGUGAGCACGCCGGUCACGAUCACGACCACGACCACGACCACGACCACAAGGCCCCCAUUACCGACCUUGGCGAGGCUGUUCCCAAGAAGGAGGAAGAGGAGGAUGAUGGUGAGGAGGUUGACGAGACUGGCCUUGAGGGCAAGGACAUCGACCUUGUCAUGGCUCAGGCCAGCGUUUCCCGCAAGAAGGCUGUCAAGGCCCUGCGGGAGAACGACAACGAUAUUGUCAACUCCAUCAUGGCUCUCAGCAUAUGA